UAACCUCAAAAUGCUGCCUAAAUCGAUAUACACCUCGUGCUGUUUGCUGAUAUUGUCACUCACAGGCUAUGCAGUUCUAGUAGAAGCAGAUUCUCACAUCCCCCAUUUGUGUGACAAUGUCAGAUGCCCUCCCCUGUCGGAAAUGCAUUGCCCCGAGGACAGUGAUAUCCGUGAACUGAUACCCGAACCUUUGAUUAUGGAAGAUGACUUCCAUAAUACCUCCUAUAUUGAUCCGCUGGAUGAGGCCUAUGCUUUUUGCUGUUUAAGCCAGAAAUGUGUCUGUAAGACGUGUUAUAUACCCGAUUGUGCCAGUGAUUCGGAAGUGGUGGUAGAAAUCUCUCCCGAAAAUAUGGAUCACCCAGGCCAUUGCUGUGGCCAAUAUGAAUGUCAUCGUGAACCAAAUUGUACUGCGGAAAUUAAUACCGAUAGCUAUUGGCUUACCGAUUGUCAACGAUGCAAAUGUCAGGCCGGACAGAAAAUCUGUCAUCAAAUCUGUGAUGAAGGUAUCAAGAAGACAGGCGGAGCAAUUUGUGAAUCGAAAAAUCUGAAUAAAUUCUUUGAACAUGGUGACACUUGGAAGGAUGGUUGUUACGAUUGUCGCUGUGUCAAUGGUGAGCCACAUUGUGUCAUUAAUUUCUGUAGUGCUGUCGAUUGUCCGACACAUCGUCAGGUGACAUUGAAGGAUAUGUGUUGCCCCGUCUGUUGGCCUAAAGGUUUUCCCAUGCCCAAUGGGGAUGAUGAAUAUGAUGAUAAUGGUGGUGAUUCCGGGCAUCACUAUGAUGAUGUUCAUGACUACAAUGAGGUGGAGGCGAAUGUGGAACCGAAUUUGGAAUUGAAACCGAUUGCCGAGGUGGAGAAUAGCACCACAUCAACAACGACAACAAGUACUACCACAACCACCACGGCUGCUCCAACCACUACCACAGCAGCUCCAAGUAGCUCCACUACCAGCACCUCAACCUCUACAACUACCACCUCAACCUCUACCACCUCCACUACCCCCAAACCCGAAGAAAAGGUCACACAAAGUCCAGUAGAAUUAUUGAACCAACCCCUAGGUUCUACCACCUCCUCACCCCCUGCCAUACCUUGCCCCACAGGAAGCUCUGCCUCCAGCACCACCACCAGCACCACGCCUGGUCCCUGCACCCAUCAAGAUGCCGCCUCUUACCAAGUCUAUCCUCAAGUUGUAGAACUGAUGCGCUAUAGCCAACAUAAUGAUUUACUCUAUACCAUCAUCGGUUGCCUUUCAGUCCUCGUUGUCGUCUUGGCCGCCUGGAAUAUCCAUUUGAAGGCGAAACAGAGAUCAUAUCGUCCUGUAUCAAAUUUUGAUGAUAACUGCAAUACAAUGUCUAAUAUUAAGAAAACUAAUGAUUAUGUUUAA